CUAAAGUAAAAUACGAGGUAAAUGGGUUGCUGAAAUACAUGUGAGAAGAAAGAAAAAGAGGAAAAAUUUGACAUGAGUCUUGAUAGCUCUGAGGGAUCCACUAUCCCUCCUCAAAGCAGCAGGCCUGUAGUUCGCCCUGAUGUUAUUGGGAAUGAAAUGAGGUGCUCAGAAGUUGAGCUUUCACUCUAUUCAGAAUUUUCAGAAGAUGAUUAUGACAACACAAACCAUACUUUGAAUCGGGAGUCUCAGAUAGGGUGUAAAAGUAUGUUCAACCAGCAAAUUAUUGACAAACUUGUGAAAUUCUGACAUCCAGAAGUGAUCCGUACGUACGACAAGCUUGGCCCUUUCAAAAUUCGUUCAACUGACAUUUCCACCAAGAUGCAGAACAUGCAGGCUGAUCUCGAAUACAGAAAAUCUGUAAUGCAGAUGAAUAAAAACGAAUAUUACUGAGGUCAAUGGGCUAUAGGGACUGACUCUCGAAGCGGAAGAGGUAUCUAUGUCAAUGACAAGGAGCUCUACGAAGGCUUCUGGUACAACAAUAUACAGCACGGCAAAGGUAGACAAAUAUUUUCUAAUGGAACUUAUUACAUUGGAGACUUUUGAGCUGGUGUAAAGGAAGGAAUGGGCACACUCAUUUGGCAAGACGGUGCUGAGUAUUCUGGAAGUUUUAAAAAUAAUAGCUUUGAAGGUUCAGGUACAUAUAAAUGGGCAAAUAAUAAUUAUUACCAAGGAAAUUUUAGAAGAGGUAAAAUGAACGGUCAAGGAAUAUUCCAUUGGACUGAUGGAAGAAUUUACGAAGGUGAAUUCCAAGAUGGUUCUAGGCAUGGUAAAGGCGUUUAUACAUGGCCAGAUGGAAGAUGAUAUGAUGGAGAAUGGAAAGAUGGCAAACAACAUGGAAUCGGCACUUUCAUUGAUAAAAAUGGAAAAAAGAGAAGAGCUGAAUGCUGAAAUGGAGAGAAAGUGCAAUGGCUUGACUAAUUUCUAUCUAAAAUAUCAAAUAACCGACUUAUCACCGAACUAACCUCACCUUUUCCAAAAGU